UCAGCUGAUGAACCAUAAUUGACAAACAAGAUGAUGUACAUGCCAAAUCGUAACCUCGAGCUAUUCGGAGAGCCUCCCUCUCUAGAUGAACCAAGUGAUGUUGAACUUCAUGUUCUGGACAGACUUGAGAAACUCUCUCAGAUAGAAAUCCCCAGUUACAGGCAGCAGGCGUGUCUUGAUAUAGAUGAGGCGCUGAAGCACUGUGACACUAAAGAAGACUACGACAGGAUAAAGCACAUAGCUUCAGAACUGGCUGCUGACCAAGAUCUAAACGUACGAGUAAGUUUACUGGAUCAGCUUCAGUUCAUUGGGGUGAGGUGUAUGACUAACGCUAACUGUAAAGAAAUGUUGUUCCACUUCAUAACAUCCUGUCUAAUACACUCUCUUAGAGAUCAGAAUCAUCAGGUCAGAAAAUCUGCUCAGACAUCACUAAUUAUUCUAACUAACAGAGGAUUCUACAUAAAACGCGAUUUAGAAAUGCUAUAUGUGGAUACAAUUCAAGAAAUGUUAAUGCCAGAUACAAAUGUGAGCACUCCUUUCAUACGACGAACGCACGAAUUGAACGAUUUCCCACCAGAAGCUAUUACAUUAAUAUCAGCUCUAGCUUCAUUUUUGGGCGGGGAGAUUAUAGUUAAGAAGUUUUUAGACAGAUACAUUGAAUUAUGCAGCGAUUUGUUACUUCACGUACGAAAGUGUUGUGCAAGUUCGUUCCCUAAGAUAUGUCAAGUAUCUGGUAGCAAGGUGGUCGAACAGAAGCUCCUUCCUGUUUUCUCGCAACUUUGUAACGACGAUAUCUGGGGCGUCAGGAAGGCGUGCGCUGAAGGGUUCACCUCUAUCUCAAACACUGUGGAACAGCCCGUUCGAGUACAAGUGCUGACCCCACUCUUCUUACAUCUACUGAAUGACACGUCACGAUAUGUUAAACUGGCUGCGUAUCAACAGCUCGGGCCCUUCAUCACUACCUUUCAGAAUUGUGAGCCAGACCGAGGUGCUGGCAAUAAACUCAAAGCUGGGGAGGAUGGACGUGAACGGUCCCCAACAAAUCCUGAGUACGAUAACUUCUUGUUCUGGAAAUCUCCUGUUGACAUGGAUACUGAAGCUCUGGAGAAGGAGCUGUACGGGGAACCAAAAUCACCGACCUCAGAAAGUGCCUCCAGCUCUCCUCCCCCAUUAGAACCAAGAACAAACAGCACUCCGACAGCCACAGAAACAGCCACACCAACAGACACACAGACAGACACACAAACAGACACACCGACAGACGCAAAAAGUGAAGAAAUGGUGGUAGACACUGAAAAUAAAGCACAAGCUGUAGAGGCGGUCAGCACGGAGGAUGUGAAGAUAACAAGUAAUUUGGAGGAGCGAAUGAGCGAUAAGACGAAUAGGGACGAGUUUAAUGCAAUGUUUCACGGACAGGACGAUGAGGAGGAGGAUGAUGAAGAUAUGGACUCAAUGCAGAUUGAGGAACAAGGCAUGCAGCUGAGGAACUAUUUUCAGUCACUGUUAGAAAAAGGGCCAGAUGUAGAAGAGGACAAGGAAAACGUGCAGGUGGAGAACCAGGUAGAACCAACAGUGGAGUCAGGAAGAGGAGCAAAGGAAGAGGAGGAAGUAUUUGACAGUAACCUCUCAGUCAGUAAGAGCCCUGACUGGGGUCUUGCUACACCCGACCAGUUAAGUGAGUUCCACAAAGACCCGCUAGCUCCCAAGAUAAUUAAAUUAUCUGACUGUGAGACCGGUGAGGAGGGUAAGGAGAAAGAAGGAGAGGAAGGAGGAGUCUUAGUCGGAACCAUUGAUAUAACCAAACCUGUAUUUGGGGUGCUGGAGAAUGAAAAUGAAAACGAAACAGCGUACAGCUUCUCACAAAAAGAUGAGGAUCUGGAGCUGGCCAGCGAUUCAUCUGACAUGGAUAUUGAGACUUCAGAUAUUCCGAGUGUUUCGUCAUUUCAGUCGCCGGUUCCUGGAGCGCUAAUAGACUGCUACACGAGCAUGGCCAGCAACGUAGACGAAAAUAACCCUCGUCAGGAUGACGACAUCCUCACCCAUUGUGCUUACGCGUUUCCUGGUGUCGUUUACACUUUAGGAAAAGAUUCUUGGAGUUUACUGAGAAAUACAUAUCUUACUCUAGCUGAGAACUUACCGCAUUCCAUGUCAAAUGUACGUCAGACUCUAGCCUGUUCGCUGCACGAAAUAGCACAUGUGAUUGGGCCCGAACAAACGGAACAAGAUCUUAUCCACCCCUUCAACAACUUCAUAUACGAUAUUGACUCUGUUAAGAUUGGUCUACUCAAAAACUUGUCAAAGUUCUUGCAGAACGUGUCCCCACGCUACCGACAAGAGUUGCUCCAGCAAAUGAAAGAAAUUCAGAAAUGUGAAGACCGCAAAAAUUGGCGAUAUAGGCAAACUUUUGCGAGCCAGUUGCCCCACCUGAGCGAGUUGUACACGACGAAGGAGGUUUACGAACACAUCCAGCCUAUCGUUCUUAACCUGACCGUGGAUCAGGUGUCUCAAGUGAGACAGGCUAGCUUCACCGCUCUAUCAAAAUUGAUACAAAAGUUCAAGAAUCAGUCGGAGACCGAGUACUAUGAGACGACGUGUGAGACUAUCAGGACAAAGUUUGCCAGCUCAAACAAAUUCACUUACCGUCAGAGUUACGUGUUAAUCUGCCUGGAGCUGCUACAAGACGAACAGUACGAUGUAAUUGACACCUCCUUCGUUAACGAACUGCUGGAACUUGUAACUGAUAGGACACCCAAUGUUCGACUCUGGGUCGGACAGGCUUUGCUCUUACUUCAAAAGAAUACAAAGAACGAUCAAGUUGAAAAAAGUUUGUUAGAACUACAAAAUGACAGCGACAUUGAUGUUCGACACUACUCAACUCACGUGAAUUCGCCUGUCACUCCAGCUGUGGGCACGUGACGUCAUUACUACGUCAUCACGUGACGUCACUGCCCUAUUCAGUGACGUCACUAUGUAAACAAGCAUCCCACGUGUUCCUCGAGCCCCUUUGUGAUAGGUUGGUGUAUUUUAUGUGUUAGAGCAUGGAUUGUUAAAUUUCAGAUUGUAAAAAUGUUUGUAAUCCCUCGAAAAUCGAAAACCGGUCUGGAUUCAGAUUUUUGCUUAUAUAUAAUGCAAAUAUUUUUAUAACUUUCCUUUAACUGUGAAAUGAUAGUAUUGUGUGAUGACAAGCCUAUAUACGUCACUUCUGAUAGUUCUUUUUAACUUUGGUAGCGAUAGCUCUAUAGGUACAGUUAAACUUUAGGCAAACUAAUUUGUUAAGUUAUAUCCUAGUGAGGGACUUCCUUAGAACUGCUAUUUUUCUGAAUAUGCCAUGUGCCUACUUUAUAAUUAUAUGUGGUCAAUUUUGUAGAGUAGAUUUAGUUACCUGAACGACUUAUUUCGUCCUAUUGUUAAUUGCUAACUUGAAUUGAUUGAUUUGAUAUGUGAUAUGUCUUGCUUGUAAAUAUAUUAAUCGCUCUAUCAGAGCUUAGAGAAAGAACAGGUCUAUGGUUAAGAGUUUUUGAUACGAUUAUAUAAUAAGUAAUGAACGUGACGAAAUUAGGUCCAAAAAGACAUUUCUGUGCCCACUUUUUGGGUGUAGCUGAUUUGAUUUUGUAAAGGGUGGCCUGAAAUUAACUAUAUUUCGGGAUGGUUAGCGUAGAUCUUUAUAAUAUAUCGUAGAGUAGAUCUUGGAAGUAGAUUUUUAUGACCGAUGGUCGGUUAUACGGUUGAUUUUGAGUCACCCCGGAGUUUGUGUUGGGUUUACAUCCUCGUCAAUCACAAAGGCGAACAAUGUUUUAUACAAGCUUGAUUUUUGUUACUCUAUGAAAGUCAAUAACUAUAUAAGCCAAGAAUUUGUAAGAAUGAUAAGAAACUGUUUGGAGGAAAUUUACUUCUCAUAAUCGGGGCAAACUUGAUACCAAGUGUUCUACAUCUGAAUAAAUUAUUCAA